CAUUGACGGUGAUCGUUUCCGGUUGAUAUAUCCAAACAAGACUAGCGUGCUCACAGUGUAAAGGACCGUGGCGGGAACUUAAGGAAGGGAAUACCGCGUGUUAACUGCCUAAAAAGUUUGAAAAUGGGUUGUUGCAAAAGGACAUCGGACAAGGCUGAGGUGACAGCAGAUCCAGAUGUGGCUGUGAUUGGAGAGGGACAAGUUGUUAUGAAAAAGCAGAUCAGUUUGUUCCAGGGAGUUGCUAUAAUUGUUGGAAUAAUAGUUGGAUCAGGUAUAUUUGUGUCGCCUGUUGGGAUAUUGCAGAAUGUCAAAUCUGUUGGGAUGUCAUUCGUUUUAUGGGUUGUGUGUGGAAUAUACAACGCUUUGGGCGCAGUUUGCUAUGCUGAAUUAGGGACAAUGAUUCCCCAGUCGGGCGGGGAAUAUGUGUAUAUCAGGCGGGCAUUCGGAGACCUAGCAUCGUUUGUCUGUCUCUGGAUCGAUUUUGUACUCGUCUGUCCAGUGGGCAUAGCUGCGAUGGGCCUCAUGUUUUCUGUGUAUCUGCUGAAGCCCAUCUAUCCAGAUUGUGAGGUUCCAGAGCUGCCGAGUCGCCUCCUUGGGGGUGUAAUUACAUGUCUGCUGGUGGCUGUGAAUUGUGUAAAUGUGAAAUGGGCCACGAAGGUCCAGGUGGUCAUCACCAUCAGCAAGUUGAUCGCCCUGGCAACCAUCAUCGUCAUUGGCUUCUACUUCAUUGCCAAAGGAGAAACAGAGAGUUUUGCUAACAGUUUUGAGGACAGUGAUACAAGUGCGGGAUCCAUUGCCCUCGCCUUCUACUCUGGCUUCUGGGCAUAUAGCGGAUGGAGUUACCUGAAUUUCUUGGUAGAUGAACUUGUUGAUCCAGUCAAGAACCUGCCUCGGGCCAUCUUCAUCUCCAUGACGCUGGUGAUCAUUGUGUAUCUGAUGGCGAAUGUUGCCUACCUGGGCGUCCUGUCACCACUCCAGAUGCUCUCCUCUCCGGCCGUUGCCGUGACGUUUGCUAACAGCACUCUUGGACCACUGAAAUGGUUGAUGCCAAUUCUGAUUGCCAUCUCAGUCAGCGGAACCAUGAACGGAACAGCCCUCUCCAUGUCUAGGUUGUUUUUUAUUGGAGCUGGCAACAACCAUCUGCCCCAGGUUAUAUCCAUGAUCAACUACAAGAGACUCACACCCAUGCCCUCCUUGCUGACAAUUCUUGUGUUGACGCUGAUAUUCCAGAACUCUGGAGACAUUUUCUACCUGAUCGAGAUGGAGGGGUUCGGGUUUGCAUGCAUUCUCGUGAUGACCUUUGCCAGCCAGGUCUAUCUCAGAUUCAAGGAGCCCGAUCUCAAAAGGCCUAUCAAGGUGCCUAUUGCCCUACCGAUCGUGUUAUGCGUCGUGAGUUUUGCCAUUGUGAUCCUGACAUUCUACCAGAAGCCCCAUGAGAGUUUCCUUGCCCUCGGGCUCGUCGUCCUUGGCAUCGUCCUGUAUCUCAUCUGCGGCAAGUGGAAGAACAAGCCCAAAACUUUCCAGAGUAAAAUGGACCAUGUGACAAGGUUCAUCCAGCGGCUGUUGCUGGUGGUACCUCCGGCCAAGCCUGAAGACCUUCAGUUUGAGUGAACACCCGAUCUAGUCAGUCAUGUAAUACCAAAAUAGAAAAAACAAUAUGCCAGUACAACACCAAGCCAUGUCAAUGUGUUUAGCAUCUCACCAGCUGAAUAUUGUACCAAUGUAUGGAAUAUUUAGCUGUUAUCUUAGUGAUAUGGAUCUUAGUGGUCUGUUUGAAUGGCUGUAAUUCCGUUGAUGUUUUUUGAAGGAAAGUGUUUUCAAAGAUCAGUUUGCCUAUUUUCAGUUCAAAUGGCUUAUCAGUGAUUGUUAUUUCUUAAAAGCAGUCGGACCCAGUCCAUGUAAAUGAAUUGCUAAUUGUGAAUUAAAGUAAUCAUUGCACAAAUGGUUAGAUUUGAUUUUGAACAGUUACUGCCUGUGACAAAUGUAAAUGAGAGUGAGAAUGGGCUAGUGGUAUAGGUGUCUACCUCUCACCCAAGAGGUUGUGGGUUCGAUCUCUACCAGGGGUACUUUCUCACGACCUCACAGAAUUGACACAAGUACUGGUUUUAAUCCAGGAAAAGGACACAAGAGUGAUUCUGUAAGCUAUCAGCUUUAGUCAUAAUCGAGCUAAAAAGAGUAAGUAUAAACUUAAUGGGAAGACUCAAAGAGUGUUGAAUUUUUUUUUUUAUUUGAAGAAGAGUCGAAAUGUUCCCUAUAUUGGGCUCUUGUUAACCAAAGAAGCAGCUAUCAUAAAUUAUGUGGUUUCCUGUAUGGUAUAGUCUUCAUUUUCAGGAAGAACCCAUCUAUUUUCCAUCUCAAUUUCUAGUCUGGUGUGCCAUUAAAAUUGACUAAAUUUUUACGGUACAUUUAAGUUAUGCUUAAAGGGCAUAAAACAUUGUUAGCUUUCAAUUUAGGAACCUAAGAUUUGGAUUUUAUUUUAUGUUUAUUUAGGAAUGCUGUGUAUGUGUUUAAAUGCUAACAACUGUUAAGAUUACUAUAUUUGAACUUAUACCAGUUAAUAGUGAAAUUUGGUUGGUCUCAUGGAAAUGUAGCGUGGAAUUACAAUAAUAAUUGAGUUUUUGGAGUGUUAAACCUAAGAAUAUUGUUCAUAUUAGUUCUUCCUUUGCAGUGGUGUUCUGGUCCAAACUUCUCGAAACUUCUUAAGCUUAACAGGCUUAAGUAGCUUAUUUCAAUUCGCCAAAAUACACAUGUACAUACUUGAAAGAAAUGAUUUUGAUAAAUGAAAAAUUAUUAUUAUGAUUAUCAUAAAGACAAUUCCGAUCUAAAGUCUUAAAACACUGAAACAUGUAAAUAGUAUGCAAAUUAAAGAGAUUUCAGAAGUUUCGGCAAAUUUGGGCCUAUUGUUCUAGUUUAAAAUAAUAUUGUGUAAUUGCUAUGUUAUAUAUCAUGUUGAUCUUUUAAGAAGGCAUUGUCAGCUUUUUACAAAUUUGAAUUUACAUUUCGAUUCAAUAAGAACUAUAACUUUUUUAAUAAGAUUUGUGUUACACAACUAAGUGAAAAGAUAAGAGAUUUAAAUAGUGGGUUUUUGGAAGAUGCUGAAAGCAACAUUUUUACUUUUUCCUAGUAUCUAGUUGGGUACUGGGAAGCUUUCCAGGGGUCUAAAUUAACCCUUAAAUUACUUUUGUAUUCCUAACUUCAUGUAUAUGCAAAUGAACUCGUCAAAGCUUGCUAUGCCCCUUUAAGAAGACCUGUAUUUCCACUGCUAACUUGUUGUUAACUAAGGUCCUCAACCAUUGCUGAGCUGAUUCUGUCCACUGCUUUGUCAAAGAUCUCCACAAUAAAUGUUGUUGUUUUUCAUGUCUUAAGGCUUUCUGUAAGAUUGUAGUCAGACUAUUGUUAAAAAACAUUAGUAAUUUCUUUAUGACAUGGUUUCAAAAAGUUAUGAUUUAAAAAAAACCUUGAUAACUUUGUUAACCCAUUUUUCAUGCGUGAAAUGGAAAUAUUUUUAAUCAAUCAUGUAUGAUAAUAUCAUAUAUUACAAUAUUAAUAAGAUAAUAAAUACAUAUAGAUGUAUAAAAUAUUUUUACAAAUGAUAUACAGAUUUCGUGAUUUUAUUUUUAAAUUUAGAGUAUGGAAUUAAAAUUAAAUCUGAUUGAAAAAUGUUGUCAGCUCACAAUCUGACAUGAUCUUUUUGCCCUGUCUAUAUUGUUUGCUGUUUGUUGUUUGCCAUAUUGCCAAUGUUGCUGAUCUAUCAGGAGGAUGUGUACAUGUAUACACUACUGUUAUAUUUAUGUUUAAAGAGUUGCUCAUAAUUAUUCUUAUAAUUAAGUUAAUGUAAAUAUUGUUGUUGUAAUUUUUAUCAGGGUUAUGAUUUUAUCUCAUCUUACAGUCAUGAUGUAUAUUUAUACAUUGAAGUUUACAUAUUAUCUCAUAUGUUUACAUGUAUGUGUACAUAUCAUCUUGUAUGUUUACAUGUAUGUGUACAUAUGAUCUCGUACACAUACAUCUAUGUGUACAUGUUAUUUCUUACAAUGACAUGUAUGAGAACAUGUUAUCUCGUACAAUAACAUGUAUGUGUACAUUUUAUCUCAUAUGUUUACAUUUAUGUGUACAAAUAAUCUUGUACAGAUACAUCUACGAGUUCAUGUUAUUUCGUACAAUAACAUAUACGUGUACAUUUUAUCUCAUAUGUUUACAUGUAUGUGUACAUAUGAUAUCGUACACAUACAUCUAUGAGUACAUGUUAUAUCAUACAAUUACUUGUUUGUGUACAUUUUAUCCCGUAUGUUUACAUGUUUGUGUACAUAUUAUCUCGUACAUUAACAUUUAUGUGUACAUAAAACCUAUUACUAUUACAAGUAUGUUUAGAUAUCAUAUUGUACGAUGCGAUGUAUGUGUACAUAUUAUCUCAUACAAUUACAAUUUUGUAAACGUAUGAUCUUUGAUCUUGUACAUUAACAUGCAUGGGUACAUGUUAUUUUAUAAGAUUAUAUGUAUUUGCACGAUUCUCAUGUUUACAUGUAUGUGUACAUGUUAUCUGGUUUGAUUUCAUGUAUGUGCACAAUUCCCAUAUGUUUAUAUGUAUGUGUAGAUUUUAUGCUUUAGCUUUGCCUGCGGGGUAUUACCGGUACACUUAUUAUAUGUGUUUUCAAGUAUGCAUACUUACGUACACAUAAUUAUACAUUGUUAUUGUAUAGUCGUUAUGAAUUUAUUUGCAUGUUAGAAUUGACUGAUGAAGAUGGAUUAUAUGAAGAAUCUUACUUUGUUAUUAUUUAAAUUUUUAUUCUACAAAAAACAAUAAUUCUUAGAUUUGCAUGGCCAAAUAUAUGAGCAUAUAUGUUUGAGGAUUGUUUUGUCUUAGUUGGUUCAUGUUUAAGGUUUUGUUCAUUAAAACAUAAUUAUGAAAUUUAAUCUAUUUAAUAUGCAAACUGUGGUAAAUUGUAAAAAAAAGAAAUCCAAAUAUUAUCAUGCAAUUUCUACACAAUUAUAAUCUUAAGACUUGGGAAACAUUUUCAAAUUGGGUCUUUCAGCUUUGGGCAUGUAUUCCUCAUACUUGCACAAUUCCUGGGCUUGACCAUUAUCAGCUGUUACAGGGCUUCUAUUAAGGGAAGUUUGGAAGUAUGUUACUCCCUAGAUAUGGGUUUAAACUUCCAAACUUGAUUCCUUGGAAGUGCAAAAACUUCCAUAAUUUUGAAGAAAACUUUAAAAUUUGAAAGCUUGGAAGUUCCAAACAACAAAACAUUGUGUCAAUAUUACUUUUAUGGUCACAAUUUCAAUCAGUGUUAAAGUAAAAUGAAUUAAUAUAAAUCUGUGGAUGAUGAGUAAUAGUUGCAAAUUAUUUGAUUUUUAUCAUACUAGUGGAAAAAAUAUUGUAUUCGGGAGACUUAAACUUCAACAUUUCAGUGAAAAACUUCCAAUAUUGAUGGACAGGAAGUUCAUUCCUUCUAUUUUCAAAUUCUUAGUGGAAGCCCUGGCUGUUAGAACCCCUGAAACAUUGUGUAAAUUGGCAAUUCCCCCUCAGAUAUCUUACUUAUGUAUUUUGAAAAGCUUUGUGAAAUUUUGGAGGGAGUGAGAGGGUGUUUAAUGUCAUUGUUGCGAUGUGAAAUGAUGUGCAUGACGUGGGAAUGUAACAUUUUGACAUCAUUAAAGAAGAUCUGUUUUGGCCUCUGAAUCCUAAAGCAUUUUGGUCCUGAACUUUUUCUUUACUAACAAGCGUGGGAAUAUCACAUAAUAUGUUUGUAGUUUGACAAAUGUCAAAUCAUUACAUACCUUUAAAGAGAUAUAUGCUUUAAAAUGGAAAUAAAAGUAUUCUGAUUAAGCCUACAAAGUAUGAUUAUAGUGGUUUGACUUGAAGUAAAAUUUUAAGUAGAAAGUUGAGAACAUUUUUAUUCAAAAUUAAUAACCACUGCAGAGAUAUUCCCUUGUCAGUCAAAGAUUCCUUGUUAAAUUUUGGCUUUUUCAUUCAAAGGUCUACACUGAAUGCCACGCAUACAUGUUUAAAAAAUCGCUUUUGAUGUAUGGUUGUUGUCAUGUACAAAUGUAUCAGUUAUUUGUUAUGUGCUAAUGAUUUUAUCUUACUGAUUGAAGUUUCUCUAUAAUUGACUUUGUUUUGAUUUGUUAAAGUUGUAUAGAAGUUAUCCUUUUAAUAAUGUUGUUUUGCUUUGGUUUAUGUAUUUAAAGUGACUAGACACCAGAUGAUACCAUUGCAAGAAAACUUAUGGGUACAUAGAAUUGAUAUCAUUGUGUACAACGCAUUGAAUCUUUCUUAGUGAUGUAUCACAUUGAUUACGAUCUUUUGCAGUGUUUGCAUAUUUUUCCACUUCAAUAUUGACUGGGUCUGUUUGUCUCGUAAAUCCCAGUAAAUUUUAAAAUAGCGAUGGUAUAUGUAUCUUUACUCAUAACAUGACUUUCACAUGCUAAAUAUAGACACUAUAAACUGGUAAAACAUUCUGCUAUUUUAAAACCUGUUAACACAGCUGAGACAACGAAAAAAUAUUCUUUUUAUCAUGUAAAUGUAUAAUCGGCCUCAUUAUCAGCCUUACUGACUUGUAUUGAUAAUUCUAGGCUUGUUUUGAGGAAAAACUGUAUUUGCCAAUUUUCGGCCCAUUUGGUGUCUAGUCCCUUUAAAGUGAAUGUUAGUUAAUCUCUAAACUGUUAAAACCACAGUCCAAACUCUAAAUGAAGUAUUUAUGUGCAUGUAAAUAAUAAACAAUGUUUUGAUCAAGCUGAAAAGUCAUACGAAUUCGGCAAUGCUCUAUUUGAAUGUUUUGGGUUGGACUUAAAGUGACACUCUUACUCAAAAUCAAUACAUACACAUGUAUGACAAACAUACAUUUUGAGUGAUAAACAGUGGUAACGAUUGACGGGUGCAUUAAGGGUUGCUUAAUCAGGUUUGGCCAUUAUAACUAGUCUGUUUUUCAACAACAAAUACUGUUUUAUGUUUGAACUUUAUUGAAUUUAUAUUGAAAUCAGGUCAGCAGUUUCUAAGGUGAUUUUCCUUUCCGUUGCCAUGGCAACCAGAAUUCCUUAUGGAAUCACAUUUUUGAAGGAAUCUGUAAUAUGAAUCAGGUUUGGCCAUUAUAACUAGUCUGUUUUUCAACAACAAAUACUGUUUUAUGUUUGAAUGUCUAACUAACAUUCCUAACUCAAUCCCAUGAACAGAGUACAGAAGGUAGAAAAAUCAGCUCUCUGUAUGCUUUAAUGUCAAAUGUUGCUCUCCCUGAGCAAUUUUUGAUCACUGUGCAUGGAGUAUACUUUUGCAGGUUUAUUGUUAAUUAUUUGUUACUUAAAGAUGCACUAUUACUCCCAAAUAAGAUUUAACACAUUUAACACAAUUGUUUUAAUAUACCAAAAAAGGAUCAACAAAGGUCAAAAACAAUGAUGCUUAUGAAGGAUACAGUGUUUAAUUUUAAAGAAAUGUGCAGAAAACACGGUAUUUCUACCUUAUGAGUCCAUAGUGGAUCGCAGUAAAUCUUUUAGCAUUCACCAAUCAUUUAAUAUUUUUGCGUUUUCAGCUAUUAAAUACAUGGCGAUAAUAUUGUUAAUAGUAAUUAAUAAUUAUAAUAAAUGCUUUAUUUAGUAAGUAGUUGAGGGUUUAUCACUCAAAAUUUAUGUUAGUUUUACAUGUGUAUGUAUUGAUUUUGAAUAAGAGUGUCACUUUAAUACUGAGAUGCCACAGACAUUGGUUAAUUAUGCACAUACAUGGACAACUAGUAGGUUAAUUAAAGGUUAUCUAUGAUUUAAUACAAUUUGAUUUAAUAUAGUUUACGUAGCUAUUAAUGCUGGACCAGCAUCUUGCUAAGGAUUCAUUUGUAAUUGCAUUUUUGAUUGAAAUGAUUCAUUUAAAAGAGAGGUAAUAAACAAUAUUUACUAUGAUGAAAUAGCAGUUUUAUUAAUUUGUUUCUUCAAAAACAUAAUGUCUAUAUAAAAACAUCUGUCAAUGAAAAAUUUAAAUAUUUUCAAACUUAACUUUUUGUAAUUUCAAUAUGAAAUUUAACCAGUUUUAAUUUUUUUGGUUAAUGAUGAUUGAUUAUUACCUUUAGUUUUUUUGUCUUCUAUUAUAAGAGUAAUUAUGAGAGUUAAGGGGAUUUUGGAAAGUUUGAGGUAAGACGGUGUUAUUCAUUACAGUUUUUACUUACAGAUAUCUCUGAUUUUGAAGUGCUUCUAACUUUGAAUCUCAUAUUUUACACAAACAAUCGACCGAUUGAUCAGAACCUUGUUAAAGUUAACAACGUUGUUAACGUCAUUGUUGUUAACUUUUAAAUCAUUUCUGCUCUGGAAGUUUAAUGGAUACAUUUGUGAUCUGAAGUACUUCUAACAAGAUUUGAGACACCAUUUCAACUGUACUUCUUUUAAUUCAAUACACAAGCACAUCAUCAAAUAAUUCACAACAUUCUUGUUAAUCACAUUGUUAACUUUAACAAAGAUCUGAACAAUCUGCCCAUUGCAUUUUGCAUGUUGUAACUUGUAUACAUUUAGUUACUACAAAUGAUUAAGUUUACACUCAUUUUUAUUCUGAAUGACAAUAUAUAUUAUCAUUAUAGGUUUGUCAACCAUUGCUACAGUUGUGUCCUGUUGUGUAAUUUUGACCUGUGUUAAAUAGUCACAUUUUAGAAUAGGUGCUGUGUGAAUAUUUUUUUAUGAAAUAAUUAUUAUUUAAUAAAAUUAUAUUUUAAGCAUACUGUACAUAGAAAGUAUAAAUAAAUUAUUAUUAUAAAUGCUGUUUUCUUUAGAGUGAACUAGCUUAUUUUCAAAAAAAUAAAUCAUAUUUUUAUUAAGCUGUUCCUUUAAACAUAUACAGGAAUGAGAGACUUGGCUUAAUUUUAAGUAGAGGCAAAUGAUAAAGACAGCCUCAACUAGGAGUUAGUCUCAAGUCGCAAAUCAUCAUUUCAUUAUAAUUUUCUUUCUCUCUUUGAAUAUUAAUUAAUGAUACAAUUUGCUGAAUUUGAUAUCUGUAUGAAAAUGACAUUUAAUUUUAGUAAUAGGAGUGAAAUAAAGACAAUUCUGUAUAAUGUAAUAAAAGUUCUUUACUAAGUCGGGUCAGUCUGGAGACUGUUCCUUACAUGGGCACAGAAGGAGGACACAAGGACAUUAAUGAAGUAAACUACAUAUGUUAUAUAAUAACAAAUCAUCUUUCAAACUCAUGCUCAUUUAUCCUUGAUGAACUAGAUUUGCUUGCACAUUUUGUAAGACCUAUAAGCAAGACAAAGCAGUUAUUGAUUGCAAUCUUCUCACACACAAAUGUAUUAUUUAGUGACAAAUGUACCCAACCAGACCCCGUGAACACCCAGUGAUUUUAACAUUGGUGUAGAAAUGAAAUUCUGCAUUAUUUUCAUGUUAUUUGUGCAUGCGUUCUUUGAAAUGAUCUUGACAGUUAGACCUUAAAGCUGCACUCUCACAGAUUGAACAUUUGAGAGCUUGAUUAUUUUUUGUCUUGGAACAAGCUAAAUGAUAUACAAAUACAUGGAAACCAGUGAUAAAAGACUGCUGACAAAAAAUCAGAUCGCAGAUUUUCAUAGUUUAGUUCAGAAAUUUAAAGUUGUUUUUUUUUUCAUUUUUCUUAUACUGCUAGUAACGAUUUCCGAACGGAAAUAUAAAAAUAUGAAAAUCUGCGAUCUGAUCUUUUGUCAGCCGUGAUAUAUCACUGGUUUUCAGAUAUUUACCCAAAAAUUGGCUCAAUCGAAGACAAUUUUUUUUUAAAAAGUUGCCAAAAUGGUAUAUCUGUGUGAGUGCAGCUUUAAGACUGCUUUAAGAUGUAAUCUUAAUGAUCUUCUGUUUGGCUUUUUGUUAAAAGUACAUCACCAUCAUACAUGAUAUUUUUUUCCAUCAACCAAAUACUGGUCAUAUUCUGUGAACAUCUAUAAUGUGACCCAUAACUUGCUUGUUUGGGUCUUAAAGGGUUACUUACAUUUUGUAGAAAUUAAGAAUAUUUAAUAUUUUAAUUUCACUGAUUAGGUAAAGGUUUGGAUAUUACAGGACAUGAUAUUUGAAUAGAACAGGAUAUAAUAAUGUUAGUACAAAUUUGCAUUUUUAGUUAUUAUAGAUAGAUAUCUCAUAUCAUUUGCCAUUUUUUAAAGGAAUUAAAAAUGAUUCCCAUCAACUGAACAUUAUCUUUUUUCAAGAUUAAGACACUGGAUGUGCAUUUCGACAAUGAUAGAGAUUUUUUUUGUCGUAAAAGAUACUGUUAAUUAAAAGGAUUGCGUUAUUCACAUGAUUUGGUUGUUUUUUUUUGGUUCAAAAGAAAUUACUUAAUGCCAUACUCAAAAACAGCUCGAGGUACUAAUGUAAAUCCUAGCACUACAAUGCUUAUAUAUAGCAAAAUCUUGAGGGGCCCAGUCCUGACUUCAAUAAUUUUAAAUCUUUAUAAACGGCACAUAUGGCUAGCAGUAAGGUACCUAUUUCCUCCGUUUUGAGCUCAUUUUUAAAGCAAAUUAAAAACAGACGAGCGGAUGUUGGACGGAUAUUCGCUCGUGUUACUUUUGUUAUCUGACUUGAUCACUGAAUCUGGUGUGAUUUAAUAUCCUGGUGCUGACUGCUUUGUAAAGUUUAGCCAUUUUAGUAAGUGUCUUGUUUAUAAACUGUUGUAGUUUUGGAAAAAAAACCUCCAAAUAAUUGUAUUGUAUUUGUAUUCAACCUCAUUAAAAUCAUAACGUGACGUUAAACUUCAUUCCAUUACGUCAAUAGCGACACGUCAUGGAACGUGUAAUGGGGUUUUAAUGAGGUUGAUCUUUAUUUGGUCUACAAAACAUUAAGAUCCAUGCUUACUAAAUCUUAAUUAUGUUCAGUGUGCUGUAAUCAUUGCAAAUAUUCAUAGUUUCCAUGUAAAUAAAUUCAUAGUCAUGGAGUGAAAUAAAUGAUUGAAAUACA